AUGCCGUCUAACAAAGACCGCCUGUACCUAACCCUAAAUGUGCGCGGAGGUGCCCCUAAGAUGCCGGGGAAGGAAGACACGUAUCAUUGGGCUUUGAUGGUCGGUCCAAAGAUUGAAACCGAAGGCAGCCAGGGCGUCCGUUUUCAUGCCAAAGAGACGAUACAACCAGAGGGCAGCCAAUGGCGACUCGAAGAACGUCCAUGCGGACUUCUGAUGACCAGCAUGUUACUUGUGCGAGUCAUGAUAGCAAAAAUCGAGAAUAGAGCUCGGCUGGCAGAGAUCCUGCGCCGAACUCCGAUCCGACAGGGCCAAGCAGGAUGGAAUUGUGUAUCAUGGGUCAAAGAAGCUUUAGAGAGACUUACGGCGAAAUGGAAAGUUUUGGGCACAAAUGUUGUGGAGUGGGAAACAGUCCGCCAUGCGGCGAUGGACUAUUGCCAGCAGAAGAAAAAUCAACAUCGGUUCGAUGGACAGGGGAAUUUGAUAUGA